CGUCUCACUGCUGUAGCAUGGCAGGAUGGCGCGCGCACGAGAAAGGGAGAGAGAGAGAGAAGAGAGAGAGAGUUGCCCACUUCUAAAUCCCAUGGGCUUCCCACGCUUGAAACGCGCUCAAAGGGCGUCAGUUAACCUGAUCUUGUCACCUACCACAGCAGAAAGAGUGGGCUUGUGGGUGGAUGUGUAACGUUGCACCCGGGAAGUUUUGAACUUGAACGGCUGCUGUUGUUGUUGUUGUCUUCACAUUAAAAACCAUCCCGGUCUCUCUAUCCAGUACCUCCUUCUGUCUCAGUCUCUCCGUACUAAUCCAGCACUUGACUCGGUCAAUUUCCGUGGUCACAGGCUAACGUACCUAGAAAAGGUAUACCAAAAAAAAUGGACCCCAAGGGUUAGCAGAGCGAUAAAAUAUAUUAAAAAAAAAAGAAUCAGAAACAAAUAAAUAAAUAUAUAGUGGAACGUGCGCACCACCAGCCUGGGGGGUAGCCUUCCGGAAGGACCCCAGGGAUCAACAGUACGUGCCAGUAAAAAAACAAAACAAAAACGAAUUAAACCAAAGACAGACGAGGACAUAACCAAACUCGCACAGAGACAGGGAUAUCCGUAGAGACAGUCUGAACGCGACAGCAAACGGGGGAGAGCUGUGAGGACGCAAAAAUUAUUUCAGGCUGCGGGGUGACAGUCCCGACCGACGGAGAUCGCGGCUAAAACCUUGACGCCCCGCAAAAUCGUCGAGUCAACUAGCGCACAGAUCCCGGACACCGGAUAGCCAAGCGAACCAGAGCAGUGCAUCAGUGGCAAUUCCUGGUGGUGCUUACUCUCGCGAAAGACUGCUCGUGAAGCAUAUCCCUUGUUCCAUCGACACGGUGGCCGGCGUUAAGCGGCGUUGAGUGAUACUGUAGACUAUACCAUCCAGUUGUGUGACGUUGCUGCUGUCUCACACGGGACAGGGUGAGAGCGUUGAGCGCACGCGACUUCGACUGGUGGGGGAGGGUCGAGGAGGGAGUGUAGAACAGAGUCAUCGCAUCAUGGCGGCUCUGUCGUCCACUGCUGCGUCUGCUGACGUCGGCGAAGAGAGGGGAACGGUGGUGGUGAGCCUGCUGGAUUAUGGCGCGGGAAACGUGAGGAGCGUUAGGAACGCCAUCAAGGCUUCGGGGUACGCCACCGUCGACGUGCUCACCCCUGAGGACAUCGAGAAAGCAGAGGUGAUCGUGUUCCCCGGUGUGGGAUCGUUCGGCAGCGCGAUGGAGACCCUCAAUGACAAGGGCUUCACGGGGCCCCUGACAGAGUACAUCAAGCAGGACCGAGCUUUCUUUGGCAUCUGCCUGGGCAUGCAGACUCUAUUCGAUGGCAGCGAGGAGACCCCCGGGCUGAAAGGGCUGGGCGUCAUCCCGGGCAUGGUCGCGAGCUUCGACCCUGCCAAGACCGCUGUGCCCCACAUCGGAUGGAACGGCCUUUGCGUGAAGAAGGAGCACCCCUUCGUCGAUGCCUUCGACACCGACGGGGACGCGGUCUACUUCGUGCACAGCUUCCGCGCGACUAGCACGCCCGAGAACGAGGAGUGGGUCUUGAGCACGACAACGUACGGCGGAGGUGCGGGAGAGCCGCCGGAGCACUUCAUCUCGUCUGUGCAGAAGGGGAACGUGACCGCCUGCCAGUUCCAUCCGGAAAAGAGCGGAAAGGUGGGUCUCCGUCUCCUCGGGGCGUUCCUGGAUUCCGUGGGAAAGGCAGGGGGCGUUUCGGGCGAGGGGAACGGGGACAGCAACAGCGGUGGAGGGAGCGUCAGGGGGAACGAGGACACCAAGCUGGUCAAGAGAAUCGUGGCGUGCUUGGAUGUCAGGUCCAACGACCAAGGGGACCUCGUGGUGACCAAGGGAGACCAGUACGAUGUGAGGGAGGCGGGGACUCAAGAGGGGAGGGGGGACGUCAGGAACCUCGGGAAACCCGUGGAACUUUCCGGAAGGUACUACGAGGAGGGAGCCGAUGAGGUUUGCUUCUUGAACAUCACGUCCUUCAGGCAAGGGGUGCUCGACGACCUCCCCAUGCUCAAGGUGCUGGAGCUCGCGUCCGAACGUGUGUUCGUCCCUCUCACCGUGGGAGGAGGCAUCAGGAGCCACACCGACGACUCCGGGAAGACGUACAGUGCCGUCGAGGUGGCAUCCCGAUACUUCAGGGCAGGCGCGGACAAGAUCUCCCUGGGCUCGGAUGCCGUCUACGCCGCGGAGGCCCUGCUCAAGCGAGGUGGAGAGUUGACCGGCGACAGCUCGAUAGAGCAGAUCUCUCACGUCUACGGAAAGCAGGCCGUCGUGGUCUCGGUGGACCCCAGGAGGGUGUACGUGGCUAACCCUGAGGACGCGCCGAAGCACACGGUUCUCAAGAUCAAGGACUCGGACAAGGGGGGUCCAAUGGGACAGAGGUACUGCUGGUACCAGUGCACGGUCAAGGGGGGAAGGGAAGGCAAGGACAUCGACGCUGUCUCGCUCGCCAAGAGCUGCGAGACACUCGGGGCGGGAGAAAUCCUGCUGAAUUGCGUCGACAUGGACGGCCAGAAGGACGGCUUCGACCUGGAGCUGGUCAAGGCUGUAAUGAGAGCGGUGUCCAUCCCGGUCAUCGCGUCGAGCGGGGCUGGCGCCGUGGAGCAUUUUUCGGAGGUCUUCGAAGCGACGGGGGUCCAGGCGGCGCUCGCCGCUGGAAUUUUCCAUCGCAAGGAAGUAUCGAUAUCGGAGGUUAAAGACCACCUGGCGGAGAAGGGAGUCCCUGCUAGGAGAGCCGCGUGAAGUGAAGCGAUGGUAGUUACACCGCAUAGUGUGAGAAGGGGGUAGAGAAAUAGUUUCAUCGCAAGAAGUGGAAGAGACCAACACCCCCCCGCUUCACGCGAAUAUGUAGCAGUUGCACCGCAAGAGGUGAGGACAAGAUAUGUAGCAGAUCCGUCGCAUGGAGUAGUGGAGAUCCGGUUCCACCGCUUCGAGCGCCAAGUGUCAACACGCCGCGGACGACCGAGCUCCACCGCGUGGAGUUCAAGAAACUUGAAAAGUUCAGCCGCGUGGUGCUACAGCACCGCAGCCUGUUGGUGGCGGUCAGAGCUCCACUUUGAGUCGAACAAAGUGCAGAGAAGGGUGGCGUCGGAUGAGGGAGGCCUUGGGCUAGACUGGUGGUUUGCUGCUUUAGAAUGCUUGUGCUGUCGUAGAGGCAUCCGCCGAUGUGGGGAGCGCGCGGCAAGUGCGGAAAGCCUUCUGCUGAGAGUUGGUAGGUUAACAUUGCUCCCCCCGACGGAGGUAAGCCAUCUAAUCUAGCUGACCCAGCGGUGUGUGAGAUGCUAGUAUUUAGCUGAGCCGAAUGCCAGGUGGGCGUGUCCGUCGCCUGCGUAACCGGCAGGUAGGCAUUCGUUGUCGAUGCAUACAGUCUGGACCGAUUUCCCGGAUUUUGGUUGCUGGGUUGAGGAAGGAGGAGAGGCAAUAGCGAUGUCGCUAAUAUUUGGGGAGGGGGUUGGCGGCGCCCCUGAUGUCGUUUGAGCAUCACGAGGUUUGACCAAAGUGGUGUGUAUGAACUCUCGGUAGAACCUCAGGGGGGUUGGUUGGGUCCUGGAGGUGUGAUUGCAACUGCGAAAUCGACAUGUUCUCGUUAGGAAUGACGCCCAGCGGUUUCCAAUUAUGCUUGCGUCCACUGACACCAAAGCCUGAGCCCCCCUCAUACCCUCUUUAUUUUCUGCCACGCGGAUCUCCUCCACAGGGUGCUGUGGCAAUGCAUGUGCAUAA